GGAAAGAGUUUCGCAACCAAAAGCAAACUUAAGAUUCACAUAAUGAUCCACACCGGAGAGAAACCAUUCACAUGCACUCAGUGUGGGAAGAGUUUCAACCAAUUAUCUCACCUUAAUUAUCACAUGAUGAUCCACACUGGAAAGAAACCAUUCGCAUGCACUCAGUGUGCAAAGAGUUUCAAGCAAUCAUCACACCUUAAUCUACACAUGAUGAUCCACACUGGAGAGAAACCCUUCACAUGCACUCAUUGUGGGAAAAGUUUUAACUGCUCAUCACACCUUAAUCAACACAUGAGGAUCCACACUGGAGAAAAACCAUACGCAUGCACUCAGUGUGGGAAGAGUUUCAACCAAUCAUCUCACCUUAAUUAUCACAUGAUGAUUCACACUGGAAAGAAACCAUUCACAUGCACUCAGUGUGCGAAGAGUUUCAACCAAUCAUCACACCUUAAUCAACACAUGAGGAUACACACUGGAGAGAAACCAUACGCAUGCACUCAGUGUGGGAAGAGUUUUAAUUGCUCAACAAACUUUGAUAACCACAUGAGGAGCCACACUGGAGAGAAACCAUUCACAUGCACUCAGUGUGGGAAGAGUUUCAGCCAAUUAUCCAACCUUAAUCUACACAUGAUGAUCCACACUGGAGAGAAACCAUACGCAUGCACUCAGUGUGGGAAGAGUUUUUACUGCUCAACAAACCUUAAUCACCAUAUGAGGAUCCACACUAGAGAGAAACCAUUCACAUGCACUCAGUGUGGGGAGAGUUUCAGCAAAUCAUCACACCUUAAUAAACACAUAAUGAUCCACACCGGAGAGAAACCAUUCACAUGCACUCAGUGUGGGAAGAGUUUCAACCAAUUAUCUCACCUUAAUUAUCACAUGAUGAUUCACACUGGAAAGAAACCAUUCGCAUACACUCAGUGUGCGAAGAGUUUCAAGCAAUCAUCACACCUUAAUCUACACAUGAUGAUCCACACUGGAGAGAAACCAUUCACAUGCACUCAUUGUGGGAAAAGUUUUAACUGCUCAUCACACCUUAAUCAACACAUGAGGAUCCACACUGGAGAGAAACCAUACGCAUGCACUCAGUGUGGGAAGAGUUUCAACCAAUCAUCUCACCUUAAUUAUCAUAUGAUGAUUCACACUGGAAAGAAACCAUUCACAUGCACUCAGUGUGCGAAGAGUUUCAACCAAUCAUCACACCUUAAUCAACACAUGAGGAUACACACUGGAGAGAAACCAUACGCAUGCACUCAGUGUGGGAAGAGUUUUAACUGCUCAACAAACUUUGAUAACCACAUGAGGAUCCACACUGGAGAGAAACCAUUCACAUGCACUCAGUGUGGGAAGAGUUUCAGCCAAUUAUCCAACCUUAAUCUACACAUGAUGAUCCACACUGGAGAGAAACCAUACGCAUGCACUCAGUGUGGGAAGAGUUUUUACUGCUCAACAAACCUUAAUCACCAUAUGAGGAUCCACACUAGAGAGAAACCAUUCACGUGCACUCAGUGUGGGGAGAGUUUCAGCAAAUCAUCACACCUUAAUAAACACAUGAGGAUCCACACUGGAGAGAAACCAUUCACAUGCACUCAGUGUGGGAAGAGUUUCAGCCAAUCAUCUCACCUUAAUUAUCACAUGAUGAUUCACACUGGAGAGAAACCAUUCACAUGCAUUCAGUGUAGGAAGAGUUUUAACUUUUCAUCAAACCUUCAUCGACACAUGAGGAUCCACACUGGAGAGAAACCAUUCACAUGCAACCAGUGUGGGAAGAGUUUUCGCCAAAAAUCAAACCUUAAUCUACACAUGAGGAUCCACACUAGAAAGAAACCAUUCACAUGCACUCAAUGUGGGAAGAGUUUCAACCGCUCAUCAGACCUUUAUAAACACAUGAGAAUCCACACUGGAGAGAAACCAUUCACAUGCACUCAGUGUGGGAAGAGUUACAACCACAUAUCACACCUUAAUCAACACAUGAUGAUCCACACUGGAGAGAAACCAUUCCAAUGCACUCAGUGUAGGAAGAGUUUUAAAAUUUCAUCAAACCUUUAUAGACACAUGAGGAUCCACACUGGAGAGAAACCAUUCACAUGCCCUCAGUGUGGGAAGAGUUUCAGUCAAUCAUCACACCUUAAUAAACACAUGAUGAACCACACUGGAGAGAAACCAUUCACAUGCACUCAGUGUGGGAAGAGUUUCAACCAAUCAUCACACCUUAAUCUACACAUGAUGAUCCACACUGGAGAGAAACCAUUCACAUGCACUCAUUGUGGGAAAAGUUUUAACUGCUCAUCACACCUUAAUCAACACAUGAGGAUCCACACUGGAGAGAAACCAUACGCAUGCACUCAGUGUGGGAAGAGUUUCAACCAAUCAUCUCACCUUAAUUAUCACAUGAUGAUCCACACUGGAAAGAAACCAUUCACAUGCACUCAGUGUGCGAAGAGUUUCAACCAAUCAUCACACCUUAAUCAACACAUGAGGAUACACACUGGAGAGAAACCAUACGCAUGCACUCAGUGUGGGAAGAGUUUUAACUGCUCAACAAACUUUGAUAACCACAUGAGGAUCCACACUGGAGAGAAACCAUUCACAUGCACUCAGUGUGGGAAGAGUUUCAGCCAAUUAUCCAACCUUAAUCUACACAUGAUGAUCCACACUGGAGAGAAACCAUACGCAUGCACUCAGUGUGGGAAGAGUUUUUACUGCUCAACAAACCUUAAUCACCAUAUGAGGAUCCACACUAGAGAGAAACCAUUCACAUGCACUCAGUGUGGGGAGAGUUUCAGCAAAUCAUCACACCUUAAUAAACACAUUGAAGGAACUCAUGGGCAUAUUGCAGUGGUCAACACGAGUUGAAUCUGAAAUCUUGGGCAUCUGCAAAUUGUCUCAGUCAUUGAACUGGCUUAAGGGCUUAAACCAUCACGAUAACAAAGCACCAAUUGAUUUUGGGUUAUUCUGACCAAUACUCUGGCUGCAGAUGUUCCAGGUACCCUUCAGCAAAAUUAGUAAAUUAUUUAAACUAAACAAAGGGGCAUUACGGGAUUUUCAGCAGGAACCGCCUCACAAGACUUUUGAAUGACAUUGAAAUUGUGCAUCCUGUCAGAUGCACAAUUUCGUAGAGACGAAGAGAUCUAUAGAAACAUUAAUGCAUACAAAUGAAAGUAAAUCUCUUAAAAUGUUAGAACUAAGGCAGAUGUAUCUUAGAAUAAUACACCAUAAUGUUCCUCAUAUGCUGUGGUUAUUUCAACCAACCAGGUUAAUCAAUGUGUUGUUUUAACCCUUAAAGCAGAUUAGAUUGAUCUGUAUGUGUCUGAAAUGUAUGAGAUCUGGUCUUGAAUGAAAGCUAGUGACAUUUGCAAUCUGUUAGUGUAAAUGAAAAACUAGUAGUACAAACAGUAUUCGUCUUGUAACAUUUGAUGUAAGUUAGUUUCAAUCUUGCAAGAGUUCUUCUACGUGAAAUCUACAUGCAGUGUGUUAAUGAUUGACCCUUUCUACGUCGGCACGGGGUGUGGCCCUGCCCUUCAUGGCAAUUGCUCAUUGGCAGACAGUGCCAUAGGGAUGGAUCAGACCAGGUCACUAAUAGACACCCUGCAACAAAGAAACUUUGCUUUGAAACCGCGCGAACUUCCGCAAACCGACUUUCAGCAGUCCGUCACCUCAGUAACCCAGAACUACCCACCCACAAGCGAGGGAAUUCCAAGGACGUCACAGAAGCCACCAGCCAAUCAGGAGCACUGUGUUUCCCCAAGGCCAGCUGGCGAGGGAGAUUCAUCUUCAGCAAAAGUGCAAGUAACAAACAAACGUUGUCUCUUACUGAUCUGGUGCAGAUUGAUCGUAAACAGUUAAAGAUAAGCCAUAUCUCUGCUUUUGUGGUUUCUCAGGUGUUAUUCUAAGAUCUUGUUAAAAGUAUUAGAAUUAAUUUGGGAUGGUU